CGCUAGUCGAGGCAGAGCCUGGCGUUGGUGGCAGAGGCGGCGGCGGCGGCAGGAGCCGGGCGGCCAUUGCCGGCGAGGGUGGAGGCGGCGGCGGCGGCGGCUUCGUCCGCCAUGGACUGAGGGCGACGCGAUGGGCAACAAGGAGUCCCGCAUCGGCUUCCUCACCUACGACGAGGCCCUGCGGAGGGUUACGGAUGUAGAACUGAAGCGGCUGAAAGAUGCGUUCAAGAGGACCUGCGGACUCUCGUGUUACAUGAGCCAACAAUGCUUCAUUAGGGACGUGCUCGGGGAUGGCGUUCCUCCAAAGGUCGCAGAGGUUAUAUACUGCUCUUUUGGCGGCACGUCCAAAGGACUACAUUUCAAUAACCUGAUAGUGGGGCUAGUCCUCUUGACAAGGGGCCGAGAUGAAGAGAAAGCGAAAUACAUUUUCAGCCUGUUCUCCAAUGAGUCCGGGAGCUGUGUCGUCCGCGACGAGAUGGAAAGGAUGCUUCACGUGGUGGAUGGGAAAGUCCCGGAAACCCUCAAGAAAUGCUUCUCCGAGGGUGAAAAGGUGAAUUACGAGAGGUUCAGAAAUUGGCUGCUGCACAACAAAGAGGCCUUCACGUUUUCCCGCUGGCUGCUGUCCGGAGGCGUGUACGUUACGCUCACAGAUGACAGCGACACCCCCACCUUCUACCAAACCCUCGCCGGCGUCACCCACCUGGAAGAAUCGGACAUCAUCGAUCUCGAGAAACGCUACUGGCUCCUGAAGGCUCAGUCGAGAACGGGCCGUUUUGAUCUGGAAACGUUCGGCCCCUUGGUUUCUCCGCCCAUUCAUCCGUCUCUGGGGGAAGGCCUCUUCAACGCCUUCGAUGAAAAUCGCGACAAUCACAUCGACUUCAAAGAGAUCUCCUGCGGACUCUCGGCCUGCUGCAGGGGACCGCUGGCGGAAAGGCAGAAAUUUUGCUUCAAGGUUUUUGACAUUGACCGAGACGGGGUGUUGUCCCGUGUUGAACUCGAAGACAUGGUGGUCGCUCUUUUAGAAGUCUGGAAAGAUAAUCGUACUGACGACAUUCCUGAGUUGCACAUGAACCUGUCUGACAUUGUUGAAGGCGUUCUGCAGGCUCACGACACCACCAAGCUCGGCCACCUCACCCUGGAGGAUUACCAGAUCUGGAGUGUGAAGAGUGCGCUCGCCAACGAAUUUCUGAACCUACUUUUUCAGGUGUGCCAUAUAGUGCUAGGUUUAAGACCCGCCACUCCAGAAGAGGAAGGACAAAUCAUUAGGGGCUGGCUGGAACGCGAAAGUAGGUACGGCCUUCAGGAAGGACACAACUGGUUUCUUAUUGCAAUGCCGUGGUGGCAGCAGUGGAAGGAAUAUGUCAAAUAUGACGCUAGCCCCAUCGUGAUCGCGCCUUCGUCCGUCUUCAACGGAGGUAAGAAUCCGCUCCCGGCUCCCGCAGCCCGUACGCCGGAGCAGGGAGAAGACAAAACGGGCGCUUUAAAUUACUUCCCUGCCACCGAAGAAAAGGGUUCAGAUAACAUUUCCACCGCGUCCGAAGCCUCAGAGACCGCUGGCAGCAAUUUCCUCUACGCCGCCACGCCGAGCGCCGAGAUGUGUUUCGCCCGGCAGCUGAACUCUUCUGAUAACAACAACCAAUGCCUGCUGGGCUCGAAUGGGAAUAUAUUGCUGCACCUCCAUCCGCAGCGGCCGGGGGCGAUGGACAACCAGCCGCUCGUGACGCAAGACCCGAUGAAGGCUCCAUCCUUGACCCUGGAAGGCGGCCGGCUCAAACAGUCUCCCCUGUUAAUUCAAGGGAGGAAUUACGAAGUCGUCCCGGAACCGGUGUGGAGGGCUCUUUACCACUGGUACGGUGCAAACCUGUCUUUACCGAGACCAGUGAUCAAAACCAAGGCGGCCAACCUGCCAGAAUUGGAGCUCUUCCCCCGCUACCUGCUCUUCCUGCGACAGCAGCCCGCCACCCGGACCCAGCAGUCCAACAUCUGGGUGAACAUGGGUAUGAUGACCCUGAGGGUGUUUCCUCACCAUUUGCCGAGAGGGAACGUCCCGUCCCCCAGCGCCCCCUUGAAGAGAGUCCUGGCCUACACCGGCUGCUUUAGCCGCACGCAGACCAUCAAAGAGAUCCACGAGUACCUGUCGCAGCGGCUGCGGAUCAAGGAGGAGGACAUGCGCUUGUGGCUGUACAACAGCGAGAACUACCUUACUCUCCUUGACGAUGAGGAUCACACGCUGGAGUAUCUCAACAUCCAAGACGAACAGCAUUUAAUAAUAGAAGUUCGGAACAAAGACAUGAGCUGGCCGGAGGAGAUGUCCUUUAUAGCAAACAGCAGUAAAAUAGACAGGCAUAAAGUUCCUACGGAGAAGGGAGCCACCGGCCUCAGCAACCUGGGGAACACCUGCUUCAUGAACUCCAGCAUCCAGUGCGUCAGUAACACGCAGCCUCUCACCCGGUAUUUCAUCUCGGGCAGGCACCUGUACGAGCUCAACAGGACGAACCCGAUAGGAAUGAAGGGUCACAUGGCGAAAUGCUACGGGGAUUUGAUUCAGGAGCUGUGGAGCGGCACUCAGAAGAACAUCGCGCCCUUAAAAUUACGGUGGACGAUCGCGAAAUACGCUCCCAGGUUUAACGGUUUCCAGCAGCAGGACUCCCAAGAGCUCUUGGCUUUUCUCCUGGACGGCCUCCACGAGGACCUGAACAGAGUCCACGAAAAGCCGUACGUGGAGCUGAAAGACAGCGACGGCCGCCCGGAUUGGGAGGUAGCGGCAGAGGCCUGGGAAAAUCACCUGAGGAGGAACCGCUCCAUCGUGGUGGACCUGUUCCACGGGCAGCUACGGUCCCAAGUGAAGUGCAAGACCUGCGGGCACAUCAGCGUCCGCUUUGACCCGUUUAACUUCCUGUCUUUGCCCCUCCCGAUGGACAGCUACAUGCAUGUCGAAAUUAUAGUUAUGAAGUUAGAUGGUACGACUCCCAUUCGAUACGGGCUGAGGCUGAAUAUGGACGAGAAGUACACCGGCUUGAAAAAGCACCUCAGCGAACUCUGCGCGCUCAAGGCGGAGCAGAUCCUCCUCGCAGAAGUACACAGCUCAAACAUAAAGAACUUUCCUCAAGACAACCAGAAAGUCCGCCAUUCGACGAGUGCCUCUUUGUGUGCGUUUGAGAUACCGAUCCCAGGUUCGCCCACGUCGGCUUCUCCGAGUCCCGUGCAAACAGAGUACCGCAGCGGCCCGUCGCCCAACGGGAUGAUCAGCGUGCUGAUGAAUGGAGACCUUCCCCAGUCCACCCUGAUCCCCAACGGCAUGCCCAGCACCGUGGUGCCCUGCAGGAUGGAGAAUGGCCUGUCGGGCGUGGUGGCGAACGGCCACGUGACCUCCCCUUCGGACAGCCCCUUCAUAGGAUACAUCAUCGCGGUCCACAGGAAAAUGAUGCGGACAGAAAUGUACUUCCUUUCGUCUCAGAAGAAUCGCCCGAGCCUCUUCGGAAUGCCGCUCAUCGUUCCGUGCACCGUUCACACGCGGAAGAAAGACUUGUACGACGCGGUCUGGAUCCAGGUCUCCCGGCUCGCCAGCCCCCUUCCUCCCCAGGAGGCCAGCAACCACGCGCAGGACUGUGAUGACAGCAUGGGAUACCAGUACCCCUUCACCCUCCGCGUGGUACAGAAGGACGGCAACUCCUGCGCUUGGUGCCCGUGGUACAGGUUUUGCCACGGCUGUAAAAUCGACUGCACAGAAGAAAGAGCUCACAUGGGGAACGCCAACCUCGCAGUUGACUGGGACCCUACGGCGCUUCAUCUCCGCUACCAGACGUCACAGGAACGGAUAGCAGAGGAACACCGGAGCGUGGAGCAAAGCCGCCGGGCCCAGGCUGAGCCAAUCAACCUGGACAGCUGCCUGCGGGCCUUCACCGGCGAGGAGGAGCUGGGCGAAGACGAGAUGUACUACUGCUCCAAGUGCAAGACCCACUGCCUGGCGACCAAGAAGCUGGACCUCUGGAGGCUGCCCCCUAUCCUGAUCAUCCACUUGAAGCGGUUCCAGUUCGUCAAUGGCCGCUGGAUCAAGUCCCAGAAGAUUGUCAAGUUCCCCCGGGAGAGUUUCGACCCGAGUGCCUUCCUGAUGCCGAGAGACCCGAGCCGCUGGCCGCAAAAGCCGCCCACUCCCCAGCUGGAUGACCUUUCUGAGCCCCAGCUUCUGCCGGAGGAGUGUCGGAGGACGGAGGCCCAGAACGCAGCGGCCGGGGAGGGCGACGUGCUGAUCAAGAGCCCUUCUUCCCUCAAUGCUUCUAGCAUCGUGAAUAAUAUCAAAGCGUCCCCUUCUCCCGGGAGGAAGUGUGCGUCCGGCUGUGCGUCGGGUCGAAACGUCAGCCCAACCGGCAGCCCCCGGACUGUGGGAAGAAGCAAAGGCCGUCUCCGUCUCCCCCAGCUGUGUAAAAACAAACUCUCGAGCAGCAAAGAGAACUUGGACGCGAGCCGAGAGAACGGCAGCGACCCGGAUCCGAAACUCACUCCCGACCCAGGGGAGGGCUUUGGCCGAGGUCCGGCUUUGGGGGGCAGCCAGGGGGAACUGUUUGCCGGCCAGGAGGGCGAGGGGACUUUAGCCAACGGAUACCUGUGCAGGCAAAAUUCUCACAGCAACGGCAGCCUCGACGGUCAGCUGGAAGCGCGGGGCGAGGAGGAGACGGCGGAUGACCAAAGAGGACAGCUCCGCGUUAACCCCAUCUACAACCUAUAUGCAAUUUCGUGCCAUUCAGGAAUUAUGGGAGGAGGCCAUUACGUCACAUAUGCCAAAAACCCCAAUGACAAGUGGUACUGUUACAACGACAGCAGCUGCAAGGAACUGCACCCUGACGAAAUCGACACGGACUCUGCCUACAUCCUUUUCUACGAGCAGCAAGGGGUGGAUUAUGCACAAUUUCUGCCAAAGAUAGAGGGAAAGAACAUGGCGGACACGAGCAGCAUGGACGAGGACUUUGAGUCGGAUUACAAGAAGUACUGUGUGCUGCAGUGAGCCGGGCGAACCUGGGGCCGUCGCCUCGAGACGCGGCUCUCGCGGGGCGCAAAACCGAAACCGCGACGAAAGAGAGGCGGUUUUUAGACGAGUGGGGAAAAGCGCGACGUAGUUUUUAUUUUUUUAUUUCCCCUCUUGCGAUCCGAAAGCACAACUAGGAGAGAGAAAAAGAAAGCCGAGAAACCCGAAUUAAAUAACAGUUCACAUUGAGAGAUGAUAGCAUUGUUUUUGUUCGGCUAACUUGGUACACGCCCCUCCCCGGGGGGCGGGGGGGGGAGAUAAAACGACAACACUCCACGAUUUUGGUCUGCGUUCGUUCUUUUUGCCUUUGACCUUUAAACUGGUUUGGCGUAAGCAGACUGGGACCGAAGGAGCGUAAAUUUUUAAUCCUCCAAAUAACGGCUGCCCCCGGAGUAGUAGGAAAGGUGUUUGUUUAUUUUACAAAUUUACUCUUAGGCAAAGGGGUCAGCGGGGAAGGGGGAGAGAAAUAACCCUUUUGAUGCUCUCUUCGGAUUUCAGACGAUGAACUUGUAGUGUUGUCGGUAGACGACAUGAAAUUGCUACCUCCUUUUUCUGAUGUUUUAUCCCAUUUUAGCGGCGAGGUCAGGAAAGCGCGGAAGAGGCGUCCUGCACGAAAAAGAAAAGGAAAAACAAACGGACGGCGUUGAUUAGGGGAUUUCCCCCUUUUUGGUUUUUUUUUUUUUUAAACCCCUCUGGUCAGUGUCUUGGUUUGUGUGUGUGUGUGUGUGCGUAUCUGCGGAUAUAGGCAGCCGUUUUCUGUUCUCUCGACAACAGAGUCCCUUUCUGGACUUCCGGGUUUCUGCGUGCUUUUCUGCUCUGAUGCCGAGAUGACUCCAGGCUGUGCAGAGAGGGACAGGCGACUCUCUGCAUUCGCACGCACCCAGUCUGAGGUGUGGGGGUGGAGGGCGCCGUGAGCGGGAUUCCCCCCCCCCCCCCAUUUCCCGAGGUUGCAUGCACUACCCCAACCCGGAUGUUUUGGACCACACAGUUUGGCAGUCGUGCACAUCCGGAGCACACCAGGCCGGCAAAAUCUGCCCUACGCUUUUCUCGGCCUUGUAGUACGAGCUGCGCCCCGGCUCGUGAAACCUUUUCACACGGGCACGGCCACAGCGCCACCCCCCCCCCUCCCGUCUUCAGAUCUGCCGUAGCUGGUUUCCGGCUCUCCGGUCUGGUGGUAGGCAUAGCACUGGUGAUCUUGUAAAUGACGUUUGCGACCCUGGGAAGGGAAGGCGGAGGGCAUCGGUGCAACAUGUUCCUCCAUUUCCCUGCCCAACUUACCGCCUCCAAAUCCCGAGGGAGACAGAGCCCUGAUUUAGGGUCAGCGCUGAUGUAACAUUUUAACCCCCGUUAAGGCUGAAGGGAAACACGCAGCGUGGAAGUUUGCCCUGCUUUCUCGUUCGCCCUGAUCUCUCUACCCCAGCGAAGAGAUCAGCAGUGUUACGUCCGCUGAAAUCCUUAGAAGGUGAAAGCUAUCCUCCUACCCUGUUUGAAGUCUCCUCCCUUUCAGGACCGGCGCGGGGAUGGUGGUUUUUAAAAUUGCACUUUACUAAAAAGGAAAGCAUAGUUUUAUUUUGUUACUGUAGGUGCUUUGGGAACGAAGGGGACGUCAUUUCCACCUCUCUGUUUCAGUUUAAAGGGCAAAGGCAGCGCGGUCUGGACAGCUGUGGUUUAAAAACACACACACCAAUGCUUCUGGUCUCGCUUCCUUUCUGCCCGCCCCCCGAAAAGGAAAACCCGCGUGCGUUUCUUACUGUAAUAAUGUAGGCGUUAAUUUUCGACGUUGAGAAAAGCAAAACCGAGAAGCUGCAUCAACGGGCUCAGUUGCUGUUUGGAUAUGUUUGCGGCCGGUUCCCGCCCCGCGCCUGCCUUUUGGAAGUUCUUCUGGAGCGGUGCUUGCAAAAGAGGUUGUGUUCUCACUUCUCAGGAAAGAUCUGCGAGAUGGUUGUUUGAAUUCAUGCCGACUCUCGUCCAAGGAUCUUCAAUGCACGUGGGCAGCUAUUCCACAGGAACAUUUUUAGGAAUCUGCCCCCAGGCUCGUACAAGCAGGGGAGAACAGCUCCAGAAUUGACCUAAUCCAGAUUCCCUUGCUCUUCCAAAACCCCAGUUCUAAAGUGGAUUAUUGAAUAAUAUUACGCCCGCGUUUAUGACAGGAUUCUAGCUCCUUAAUUUGUGAAACGUCUGGAAGAGCAGGGUGGAGCGUUAUUCUUAAAACUGGAACCAUGGCCUAGUUCUGCCUAAACCUGUGUCUGGGCUGUACCACUUCGGGCUCAGCUGAUUGGACAGGACAGCUUCUCCACCCAAAAUAAAACCCCAUUGCUUGUGGAAAGCUAGGCUGUCAGGGAGAACGCUAAGCAAGGACCCAUCACCUUGACAAGCUAACUUUCUAUGGAAGAUUUGUGGUUCUGUAGAGGAACACUCUGCCAUCUGAGCCCCCACUUGCAGUCCAGGUGGUACAGUCCAGACACAAGAGUUUCCUGUCCUCCGGGAGAGCUAGGCCAAACUCACAGCCUUUAUUUUAACCAUUUCCCAUGUGUCCUUUGCAAAGCCAAAUCGUUAAGCUUAUCUGGAGAGGUUUUGCUCUCCGUUGCUCAGAGUUUACAUAAACGUUUUCUUUGGAGUUGCUUUCUUUCCCGAUGAUUCGAUGCAAUGCUGUUCGCCCGUGCUCUCCCACGCAUGCGCGAGACUGUCGUUCAAGGGACUUUGACGGACAAAGAGGGUACAGAGGUUUGCAGUGUCCCCUUCUAUUUCAACUCUGCGCUGAGAAAAGUUUGCUGAAAUGCUCACCAGCAAGCCUGCGAUCUUUAGACCUGCUUCAGCGGCUAAUAAGUCGUGUGGUGGAGGACCAGCCAUGCGCCCUGCAUUUCUCCUCCGCACAUGUAACGUGUGAUGUGGGCGCUUGGCGCAAAGGACCGGACACACAAUGGGAUGCCUUGUUGCCCCCCAGCAAACAGGGACAGGAAAGGUUAUGUGAAUCUGAACCUGGUGUUCACCGGAGUCCGAACAGAGCGCCCCUGUGUCGGACAUUAACGUUACAUGGGCAUUGGAGAGUCUGGGUGCGCACAGCUGAACAGGCCUUUCGAGAAGUCGCAUCACUUCUGCAAGCUAAAUUCGGCCCUCUUUCAGGCAUCGGUUGUCAAACUCUUGAUUGAACGCCAUGCCUCAGUCAACGUCGUUCCUAACGCACGUUUAAAGCUUUGCCAAAAGUAGAGAAGCUAUCAAGUCCCCCGGUACAGAUCUCAAUGACUUUUAAUGUGGCUUUGAUGGGAAAUACUCCCUGAUUGGGGCAGAGGAAGCAAUUUCCGCCAUGAAUUGCUCUCAAGUCUAUUUCUCCUUGCAGCACGAAGUGGGGGGAAAACCCAAGCCUUUUAAAAAUAAUUUUUAAAAAGGGUAUGAUUUUUGGAUCGAGGCCUCUUUACCUAACACCCCUUUGCAAGCUCUUCCUUAUACACCUUCAGAUCUCUUUCCUCUUCAAAAGGUAUUUUAGUUUUGUUCGUUUAAGCAGGUAGCAUGAAUCUACUAAUGUCAUUUUAAUCUGUCAUGCUUUGUUACAUUGGUUGUAAUUAUUAUUAUUUUUACAAGACAAAGAAUUAAAUUAAUUCCUAAAUUUAACGGGAAAUUUUUAUUAAGUUAACUCUUAACCACAUUCACUUUGUAAAUUAUUGUAUAAAACUUAUUGACAAUGCACUGAAUUUAGAGAAGACCAUGUAAAUAAGUACUAUGUAAAUAAUAAUUAAAAAAAAGUAUUAAUGUAUUGGGAUAUGAACUGUAUAAAAAAAAAUGUCCAAGUAACUGUAUAUGGAGUGAACUUGUUUAUCUGUAACUAUAUUAUCCAGACAAAUUAAAUACUGUGGAUGCAAC